CGAACCCCUCGACAUUCACCGUCGGUAACUGAUCGCGCCUCAAUCCGCCUUGCCUGGAGCAUCACCGCACCCGCACGCCUUACCGCGCCAUGUAGCUGGGGUCAUCCAUCACCACACCCAGCCAUGGACGCCAACAUCACCAAGGCGCUCAAUGACAAGCUCUACGACAAGCGCAAGAGCGGUGCUCUCGAGCUCGAGGGUCUGAUCCGCGACUGUCUCGCAGCUCAGGAUCAUGCCAAGAUCCAAAGAAUCGUCCAUCAACUCUGUCACGAGUACGCGUACGCCGUUCACCAACCCCACGCGAGGAAUGGUGGCCUCAUAGGCCUCGCCGCCGCGUCCAUUGCCUUAGGCCCUGAAGUCGCUCGAUACCUGAAAGAAAUAGUACCCCCCGUCCUCGCCUGCUUCUCCGACCAAGAUGCCCGCGUCCGCUACUAUGCAUGCGAGAGCAUGUACAACAUUGCAAAGGUAGCAAAGGGGGAAAUCCUGGUAUACUUCAAUCAAGUCUUCGACGCCUUGUGCAAGCUUGCCGCCGACUCAGAGCUGUCUGUCAAGAACGGAGCGGAGCUAUUGGACCGGCUGGUCAAGGACAUCGUAGCCGAGUCGGCAGCCUCGUAUGUCUCCAUACUUCACACUCCAUCAGAGGCUGAAGGGCAAGGGGAAGGCGGCGAUGGUGAUCAGGGCCGUGUGACGGCCGAAAGUCCUACUGCGUUUUCUCUGGAAAGGUUCCUCCCACUACUCGAGGAAAGGAUAAACGUUCUAAACCCGUUUACGCGGACCUUCCUCGUCGCCUGGAUCAGUCUGUUGGACUCGAUACCUGACCUGGAACUCGUCACCCACCUGCCUCGUUUCCUGCGUGGGCUCUUCAAGUUCUUGAGCGACCCCAAUCCCGAUGUCAAAACUGCCACACAUAAAAUACUGGAGAGGUUCUUGAACGAGAUACGAUCCAUCGCCGGUGUCAAGAGGGGUGUUGCAGAAAGCCGCAGAAGUGGGGGUGAUGAAGGUGCCAAAACCUCAGCCUCCAGCUUGCGAACUGGAAAUGAGGAAGAGAGCGAAGCCAAUAGCACGAUUCCAGGCCAGGACGUAGCCGCUGGCGAGAAAGACAGCGAAAGCGCCGUCACGGAAGCGACCGAGUCCGAUGAUGAUGAGAGAUCAACGCGAGUUGACGAUGACUGGAUACCAGGACAAGAUGUGCAAGUGGAUCAUGCGAAGAUAUUGGAUAUUCUGGUGUCAUUUCUGGGUGAAACGCGCGAGGAUGAAAAGGAGGCUCAGAAAGAGAUCCAGGUAACGGCUCUGAGAUGGAUCAAUAGCUUCUUUCAGAUCUGUCCAGAGGAUAUCAUGACAUUUGUCCCUCGCCUACUAACGCAUGUGCUCCCAAUGCUGUCCCACGACAUAGACCAGGUUCGCAUAGCCGCAAACAACGUGAACACGUCACUCAUGGCAUACAUUAUGUCUUUGUCUGAUGAUGACUAUCGCCUUGAACCUGGCUCAGAUGGCCCCCUUCAGUUGUUCAACCCCAUGUCUGGGCUGAAUAAAGAUCUGACAGGUGGAGAGCGACGAGACUCUAAUUUCUCCCCACGAAUCUCAAAGAUCGCAUCCGCGGAUUCAAAGGACACCAAGGGUACGAGGACCCCGACGCCAGCAGAGGAUCGUCCUUCUUCACCGCCUGCAAAACCGCUCCCAGAGGUAGACUACCAAGGAGCCGUGAACGCCCUCACACUCCAGUUCUUGAAUGAACAUGAGGAUACUCGCGUCGCUGCUAUCCAGUGGCUGAUCAUGCUGCAUAAGAUGGCACCUGGAAAGAUCCUGUCAAUCGACGACGGCACCUUCCCAGCAUUGCUUAAGACGCUUUCUGAUCCGUCGGAGGCCGUUGUCACUCGGGACCUGCACCUCCUUUCGCAGAUCUCCAAAAACAGCGACGACUCGUAUUUCACUUCCUUCAUGGUCAACCUGUUGAAGCUGUUCUGCACUGAUCGCCGGCUACUCGAGACACGGGGGAAUCUGAUAAUCCGGCAACUAUGUGUUAGUCUAAGCCCCGAACGUAUCUACCGAACCAUGGCCGACUGCCUUGAGAAAGAUGAGGAUGUCGAAUUUGCCAGUAUCAUGGUGCAAAACCUCAACAAUAAUCUCAUCACAGCGCCAGAAUUGGCCGACCUUCGAAAACGACUCCGUAACCUCGACAACAGGGACGGACAAACUUUCUUCGUUACCCUCUUCAAGUCUUGGUGUCACAACGCGGUGGCGACCUUUUCUCUCUGCCUCCUAGCUCAAGCUUACGAGCAAGCGUAUCAUUUGCUACAAAUAUUUGCCGACCUUGAGAUGACUGUGGAUAUGCUCAUCCAAAUCGAUAAACUCGUCCAGCUUCUUGAGUCACCUGUGUUCACUUACUUGCGUAUGCAGCUACUCGAGCCAGAGAGAUACCCUCACCUCUACAAGUGUCUCUACGGCCUACUCAUGCUGCUGCCGCAAUCAUCUGCAUUCGCCGCACUGAAGAAUCGGCUCAACAGUGUGAGCGCCAUUGGCUAUCUUCAUAUUGCGCCACGCACGUACGUUCCCUCCUCCAACUUCAACCAUUUAAGACAAAAAAGCUCAGACGCCGGCACUCCCAGCAGCCAAACAGGUCCAAGCGCACCUAGCUUCGAGCGAUCCAAUCGGUUGAAGUCAAGGGACGAGGGAGGAGUCAAAUGGGUUGAGUUGUUGGACAAGUUCAAGACGAUUCAGGAGAGAGCAAGGCGGUCACACCGGUUAGCGACCUUAGGCGAGGAUGCAGCUUCUGCAGAGCAAGAACCAGAAAGCAUCCCGCCAGAGGUUCCACCGAAGAACAUCCCGAUACGACCGAGCCCAACCCCUGGCGGUGUCCGUCCUUCGCCGUUGCAGCAAGUUCAAGCCCAUAAGCCGAAGUCGAGCCUAACCGACUUUGGUAGGAGGUUCGGAGGAGUCGCGGGGAGGAAGAAAAAGUGAGGCAGGCUUGAUAUUGUUCUUGUUAUCGAGCCGGUUUCACAUGGACGGAUGCGCACCAGCAUUGAGCGGUCGGAGUUGGGGUCUCGUCGGGUCUGUUCUGGAAUAGUUGCAUAGCGACAAGGUCCAUAGAGCAUUUGUUCGAUCAACGGUGUUUACCUUUCCGGUAUUUGAUUCCCUUUCCCAUGUGCUCUUUCGAUGUGGAGGAUAGAACAUUUUCAUGCGUCUCAGACGCCCCAUCAAUGACCCAGCUCUGUAUUACUUGUUUGAUCUCCGGUUUUCUCUUCUCUUUCAACUUUGCCUCUCUAACCCUUCUCACGUAUCCGUUAUAUAUAAUGACCUCUGCGAUGCCAAUAAGACCACUUCCGCUCAUACUGAGUCCCAGCCGUUUCGGGGCGCUCCAAUGACGCGCGGCAACCCAUAUGAAGACGCUGCAAGCGACUAUGGAGACCAAGACGUUGAUG